CUUUAAUGGGGUGGCGGCGGUCUCCCCCGCUAAAAUUCUCCCAAAAUGGUAAAAACCAAAAAAAGUGAAGGUCACAUUUUAGGUCUCUACAAACUUACCCGACCACACUUACCCAACCACAAACCACAUUCAAAGAGGAUCAAAGAAUACAAUUUCCUCACCUCUUUAUAAUGUCCUUCACUCCACUCUUCUUCUUCCGCCAAAUCUCUCCUGGCCGGCCAUCUUCCACCAUGAAGAACUUACCUCUCUACUUCCUCCGAUCUCCACCGUCUCUCCGGUUGCCGUUGUUGGCUGCCAACCCCUUCUUCUCCCACCUCUCCUAUUUCUUAACCAUCUCUCUCCUUGGCUUUGGAGCUCUAAAGCUCACCAAAACUAGAACCUCCUCCUCCCCAAAUGACCUCAACAUUUUCUUCACCUCCGUCUCUGCUGUCUCGGUAUCGAGCAUGUCUGUCGUCGAAAUGGAAGUUUUUUCCAACUUCCAACUCAUCAUCAUUACCACCCUCAUGUUCCUCGGGGGAGAAGUCUUUGUCUCCGCCGUGGGGUUCCAACUCUCUCGUUGGUUCCAACAGUUGAACGAAAAAAAUCGGACCGAUUCGAUUCGAGCCAUUGAGAUGGAAAGUGGGACGUCGUCUUCGACAACGGCCACCGUUGAUGAGUUAAGUAUCUCAAAAUCAUGUUUGAAGCUUUUGGGUCGUAUGAUAAUUGGGUAUCUUUUGGCAACAAAUAUUCUUGGUUCUUGUUUAAUCUUCAUUUACAUCGUUAUGGUCCCCCAUGCAAAGCAAGUGCUUGAAAGCAAAGGCAUCAACUUCCUUACUUUUUCAACUUUUAGUACGGUUUCUACUUUUACCAACUGUGGGUUCAUACCUACUAAUGAAAAUAUGAUCGCUUUCAAGAACAACUCCGGCCUUUUGCUUAUACUCAUAUCACAGAUAUUGUUAGGAGGGUGUUUAUAUCCCGUGGGUCUCUGGUUGGCGAUAAUGGCAGCUGCGAAGUUGACGGGGAAGAAGGAGUGGAGGUACAUAUUGAAGAAUUACUCAGAGAUGGGGUAUUCACAUCUCUUGUCGGGGCUCCGGUGUGGGUUUCUGGCCGUGACGGCGGUGGGAUUCAUAAUUUUGCAAUUGAUUAUCUUUUGCUCGUUAGAAUGGAAUAACUCCGCUGGAAUUUGGGAUGGCCUAAAUCCGUACCAGAAGUUUAUGGGAUCACUUUUUCAGGUGACCAACUCGAGACAUACCGGAGAAUCAGUGGUGGAUAUCUCAGUGAUCUCGCCGGCGAUCUUGGUGGUUUUUGUUGUCAUGAUGUAUCUCCCACCAUACACAACUUUUUUACCCAUGAGGAACAAAGAGAUAACUUCAAGGUCACAUGGGAAGGACAAAAGACAACACUUAGUGGAAUUAUUCACAUUCUCACAACUCUCUUAUUUGGCUAUUUUUAUCAUUCUCAUAUGCAUCACAGAGAAAGAAAAGCUAAGAGAUGACCCUCUUAACUUUACUGUGCUCAACAUUACCCUUGAAGUGAUCAGUGCAUAUGGAAAUGUUGGGUUCUCCAGUGGGUAUAGCUGUAAAAGACAAGUUAAAGUUGAUAGGUCUUGCAAAGAUGCAUGGUAUGGAUUUGCUGGAAGAUGGAGUGCAAAGGGAAAAUUCAUUCUCAUUCUUGUCAUGAUCUUUGGAAGAAUGAAAACUUUUACCAUGCAUACUGGUCAAGCUUGGAAAUUAUCAUAAUAAUUACCCAAACAUUUAUUUUCUUCUAUAACUUUACCAUAUAAUUGUAUCUAAGUAACUAUUACCAGGUGGGGUUUUUUUUUUCUUUUUUUUCUCUCCUCUGUUAUAUAAUGUUUGUUUCUACAUACAUGUAUGUGUAUAUAUAUAUAUAUAUAUAUAUAUAUAUAUAUAUAUAGUUGUAUAGUGUUAGCUGAAGUCUUGUCUGUCGCCUAGUUGAUUGCAGCUCAUGUAAUUACAUUGUGGGUAAGAUAUAACCAUCUGGUAAGGCAUUGUACAAAGAUAUAUAUAGUGUUGAACUAAGCUAUGCUUAUCAAGCUUUCA